CGUUCUUCCUUCAAGCUGUAGCUUACGCCGCCCAGACCCACCCUCAGCGGCAGCUAUUGAUUGGGCAGCUUGAAUGCCAGUCAAAUUUCUCAACUCUGUGGGUUGCUGGGUCUCCUCGUCCCUCCCUGAAGCGGUUGCUGCCCGCUACCUAGAAGGAUAUGCGCUUGCGCAUUAGAGAGAUCACUGUCCGCUCUUCCUAUUGGUUCGUUUUUGGAGCUCGGAGAAUACGAAAUGUCCAGCCAAUAGGGGCAGAGAUUCCAGAGCUGGGUUUGUGUGCCUCCGCUGAGGUGAUCUGUCGCAGAGCGGAGGAGGUGCUUUGGCGCUUCUCAGGCUCCUCCUCUCCCCUUGCGGCCUUUCUAACGUUGGCCCUGGUCUUGUGGCCUCCCGCAGAAUGUGGAUGACGCCCAAAAGAAGCAAGAUGGAAGUCGAUGAGGCUCUAGUUUUCCGGCCCGAGUGGACCCAGCGUUAUUUGGUGGUGGAGCCUCCGGAGGGCGACGGGGCCCUGUGCCUGGUCUGUCGCCGUCUCAUCGUAGCUACCCGCGAACGCGACGUCAGGCGCCACUACGAGGCUGAGCACGAAUACUACGAGCGGUAUGUGGCAGACGGCGAGCGCGCGGCCCUGGUGGAGCGUCUGCGUCAGGGCGACUUGCCCGUGGCCUCGCUCACUCCUGAAGAGAGAGCUGCUCGUGCAGGCCUCGGGCUCUGCCGCCUCUUGGCCUUGAAGGGUCGCGGCUGGGGUGAGGGGGACUUUGUAUACCAGUGUAUGGAGGUAUUGCUGAGAGAGGUACUGCCCGAGCAUGUAAGCGUCUUGCAAGGCAUUGACUUAUCUCCAGAGAUCACAAGGCAGAGGAUCCUGAGCAUUGACGAGAAUCUACGCAGCCAGCUUUUUAACCGAGCCAGGGACUUUAAAGCCUAUUCUCUUGCCUUGGACGACCAGGCUUUUGUGGCCUAUGAGAACUACCUCCUGGUCUUUAUCCGCGGGGUAGGCCCUGAGCUGGAGGUGCAAGAAGAUCUUCUGACCAUAAUCAACCUGACUCAUCAUUUCAGUGUUGGUGCGCUCAUGUCGGCAAUCCUAGAGGCCCUGCAGACAGCAGGGCUUAGCUUGCAGAGAAUGGUUGGACUGACUACGACCCAUACUUUGAGGAUGAUUGGUGAGAACUCAGGACUCGUCUCAUACAUGAGAGAAAAGGCUGUAAGCCCCAACUGUUGGAAUGUGAUUCAUUAUUCAGGAUUUCUUCACUUGGAACUGUUGAGCUCCUAUGAUGUAGAUGUUAAUCAGAUCAUAAAUACCAUAUCUGAAUGGAUAGUUUUGAUUAAGACCAGAGGCGUUAGGCGACCUGAAUUUCAGACUUUACUAACUGAAUCUGAAUCAGAGCAUGGCGAAAGGGUUAAUGGACGAUGUCUGAACAAUUGGCUUAGGAGAGGGAAAACUUUAAAACUAAUAUUCUCUCUAAGAAAAGAACUGGAAGCUUUCUUGGUUUCAGUAGGGGCAACAACAGUCCACUUCUCAGACAAACAAUGGCUUUGUGACUUUGGCUUCUUGGUAGACAUUAUGGAACACCUUCGAGAACUCAGUGAAGAAUUAGGAGUUAGUAAAGUCUUUGCUGCUGCUGCCUUUGACCAUAUUUGUACUUUCGAAGUUAAGCUGAAUUUAUUUCAAAGACAUAUUGAGGAAAAAAAUCUAACAGACUUUCCUGCCCUCAGAGAAGUUGUUGAUGAGCUAAAACAGCAAAAUAAGGAAGAUCAAAAAAUAUUUGAUCCUGAUAGGUAUCAAAUGGUGAUCUGUCGUCUACAAAAAGAAUUUGAGAGGCAUUUUAAGGACCUCAGGUUCAUUAAAAAGGACUUAGAACUUUUUUCAAAUCCAUUUAACUUUAAACCUGAAUAUGCACCUAUUUCAGUGAGGGUGGAGCUGACAAAACUUCAGGCAAACACUAAUCUUUGGAAUGAAUACAGAGUCAAAGACUUGGGGCAGUUUUAUGCUGGAUUGUCUGCUGAAUCUUACCCAAUUAUCAAAGGGGUUGCCUGUAAGGUCGCAUCCUUGUUUGAUAGUAACCAAAUCUGCGAAAAGGCUUUUUCAUAUUUGACACGAAACCAACACACUUUGAGUCAGCCGUUGACAGAUGAGCAUCUCCAAGCCCUGUUUCGGGUUGCCACAACUGAAAUGGAGCCGGGUUGGGAUGAUCUUGUGAGAGAAAGAAAUGAAUCUAAUCCAUAAGACUUUGUAGUACAAGAUUGAAAAACUCAACAAGAAUUUAAUUCUAAAAGCAAAAAUCGGUUUGAGUUUUCAAGUUUACUAAUUUGGAUUGUGAGAAAGUACCAAGUACCAGCCGUCCAAACUGAUCACAAUUAAAAUUCUGACAGUUGCCUUUUUUUUUCAUCUCAAAUGGCAGCAUGGGACUGAAACAUGAGAAUGCCACCUUUUUUAAAACUUAGUUUAAUGACAAAGUCGUUGUCUUUUAUGAUAUAGUUAAUUUUAAAGAGAUUUAGUAUUAAUGUGAGUUGAAUUUGCGGUCUGUUUUUUAGGUGUUCUGAAGAUAUAUGCCAAAAAUUUCAGCUCUUGUUUUAAUGGAGUGUUAAAAUUCUGAUUCAUAUAGUCUUAAAUUAUCAACUCGUUAAAUGUGCUUUUGAACCAAUUUGCAGAAACUCACAUAGCAAGUUCAUAAGUUUCCGAAAAGGAAGAUGAUACAUACAGUGGAGGUGUUUUGUAACUAUCAAAAUGUUUGAGACUCUUUUUUAAACAUUUCUGAGUCCGAAGGUAAUACUGACAAAUUUCUUCCCUUUUCCCUCCCCAUCACCCACCUCAGUGAUAACGACAUUACUGAUAGAGGAAGUCAUUAGAAUCAUUUUUAAGUUGCUGAUAUAGGAGAUUUCCUGCAAUUUGGAGAUAAGACUAAUUAUUGGGGGUUUUCCUUGGAUUUUUUUUUUAUAACUAGGGGCUAUUUUAUCAGCUUGCCUAUUAAAGGACUAUGGUAAGUAUAGAAUCUUAAUGGUUGCCAGUUAGUAAUUAUUUUUUUUUUUUACUGUAGACACAAGUUUGGCCCUAUCAAAAAGGAUGAGGAAAAAAGAUUUUUGCACUCCGGGAUUAGGAGGCAUCAACACUAGGAGAAAAUGGCAUGCUAUUUACUUGCUACUUUCCUUUACAGAUGAUUUUUGGCUCUUCUGGGAUUUAAAAGUAAGUAAAUUUAACAAAAUAGAGGACUGACUCAGCCCUUGUGGUCACUAUAUUUUCAGUUCACUUGUUUUUAUACCUGCAGAAUGUCCUUAUCACCCAAAGGGAGAUGACCCAAAAGUAACAUCUAGUUAAUGUAUACUUCUAAAGUUUGUUGUAUUUCUUUGUCUUCUUGUUCCCAUGCCUCUCUGAACUUAAUUUCUGGGUAACUGAGGCUUUUCAGGCUUGGGUGGGAAAGCCACACCCUUAGUCUAUUUCCUUAAGCCAUUCUGACCAAUUUAAGGGAUUAACUAGUAUAAUCUUAGUUGGACUUUUAGUCUGAGGCAUACUAAGUCAUUCAGAGAUCUUAACAGUAGGUGUCAUAGUCAUCCAGUGAUUUGGUCCUUGCUGCAGGGUCUCACUUUGUCACCCAGGCUGGAGUGCACUGGUGCAAUCUCAGCUCAGUGCAAUCUCUGCCUUCCUGGCUCAAGCAGUUCUCCCACUGCAGCCUCACAAGUAGCUGGGACUACAGGUAUAUGCGACUACACCCAGCUAAUUUUUGUAUUUUUAUGUGGAGACAGGGUCUUGCUAUAUUGCCCAGGCUAGUCUCAAACUCCUGGACUCAAGCAGUCUGCCCGCCUCGGGCUCCCAAAAUGUUGGUGUUACAAGUGUGAGCCUCUGCACCUGGCUGCAAAACUGGCUUUUAAUCAGCCUUUUGGCUAAAGGAUUUCUCUUUUUUUUUUAUUUUUUAAAAGAUUUCUCGCCCGGCGCGGUGGCUCACAUCUGUAAUCCCAGCACUGGGAGGCAAAGGUGGGCGAAUCAUGAGGUCAGGAGAUCGAGACCAUCCUGGCUAACAGAGUGAAACCCCGUCUCUACUAAAAAUACAAAAAAUUAGCCAGGCGUGGUGGCGGGCGCCUGUAGCCUCAGCUACUCAGGCUGAGGCAGGAGAAUGGCGUGAACCCAGGAGGCGGAGCUUGCAGUGAGCCAAGAUCGUGCCAGUGCACUCCAGCCUGGAUAACAGAGCCAGACUCCGUCUGAAAAAGAAAACAAACAAAAAAAAGAUUUCUCAUUUUUAUCUUUUUGUUAUUAAAAUGUUGCCUCAUCCUACCCAGUAACUACUUGAAUUUGUGAAUUCUGUAUUCCUUUUCAUUUCUGCCUGCAAACUGACCCAUCUGUUCUGAGUUCAUCUCUUUUCUAUACGUUUUGUCAAGUGCAGUAGACAGCAACUACAAAAUAUUUUGUUUCUCUGUCUUUUUCUUUAGUAAAGGGUAAGAUGAUCUGCCUUUCAGGUUAUCUCAAGGGGCAGUUUCACCUUUCCAUAAUAUAAAUUACUUUUGCGUAAAUUAUUUCUUCCUUCUUUGAUAGCAAUUUCCUGAAUGCCUUCCAGCUAACCAUUAAGCCAGUAUUCAGUAUUUUAGCAUUUUAAAAAACAAGGGACCCAUUUCUGUGUCAGCAUGGGCUAGCUUGCCAUUGGGUAACAAAGGCAAAAUCUUACUGUCUCACACAACUUUUCUAUUGCAACUUGCCUAGGGACUUUGGUUUAGAUCAUAGGUUGGCCAUGACCAAACUAUGGCCCACGGGCAAAAUCUGUCUAGCUCCUUGUUUGUCUAAAUAAAGUUUUACUGGAAUAUAGCCUUGUCCAUUUAUUUAUAUCUGUGGCUACUUUCGUUAUACAAUGGCAGAGUUGAGUAGUUGCGACACAGUGUGUGUACAUCUCACAAAACCUAAAAUAUUUAUUCUGUGGCCCUUUACAGACAAAGUUCACCAAUUUGUGCUCUUAAGUUGCCUUCAUUCUGGGUCUCAGGCUGACAAAGCAGAUACCAUCAGGAGUGUGGCUGCUAACUGUGAAAUGAAAAAAGAGAGUAUGGCAAAUCACUUAAGGACUCUCAAAGCACUUUCAUUGGCCAAAGCAAAUCACAUAGCCACAUUAAAGUUCUAGGAAGAGUGUGGUCCUUAUAUAUACCUGGGAGAAAAAUCAGAAAUAUUUAGAAGACACCACCACUUCUUCAUUUAUAUGCUUGCUUCCAAUAUAUUUUUAACUUGUUAUUGAGGUAAAAUUUUAAAAUGUACAGAUAUUAAGUGUACACCUCAGUGGAUUUUUAUAUAUGCCCUUGAAUGCACCACCCAGGUCAAAAUGUAGAAUAUUUCUAGCACUUCAGUAGGUGUGCUUAUGUUCCCCAGGCCCCCACACCAACCCCUUUUAUCACCAUGGAUUAGCUUUGCCUGUUUUAAAACUUUACAUAAGUGAGAUAAUUAUAUGCACUCUUCCGUGUCAUGUUCAACAUUGUAUCUGUGAGAGUAAUCCAUGUUAUAUGUAGUAGCAGUUCAUGUUUUACUUCUGUGUAGUAGUCCAUUGUGUGACUACAUCACAACUUACCCAUUCUACCGUUGAUAGAAAUUUAGGUUGUUUCCAGCUUGUGGUCGUUAUGAAUAAAGUUACUAUGAAAAUUA